AUGGGUGCUUGUGGAAGUAAAGAGGCGUCAAAUGAAGAUUCCGAGCAGAAAAAGAGAAGUCAGGCUAUCGACAAGAAAUUGGAAGAGGAUUCGCGCAGGUUACGGCGAGAAUGCAAGAUCUUACUGCUCGGGUCUGGCGAAAGCGGCAAAUCGACGAUUGUAAAACAGAUGAAAAUCAUCCAUCAAAAUGGCUACACACAAGAGGAAAGGACGCUGUACCGGCUGACAAUAUACAAAAACCUGAUUGACUGCAUGAAGGCGCUCGUCGCCGCCAUGCAGCAAUUUGAACUCGAACCAGAAGAUCAAACGGUCAGAGACUACGUGGAAUACAUAAUGGAAUAUAAUGUGGAUCCCGACCCCGACACACCGUUAGAUCCCAAGGCUGCAGAUGCAGUCGAAGCAAUCUGGAAGGAUCCAGCGGCGUCAAAAACAAUGGAUCGGCAGAGCGAGUUUUAUCUGAUGGAUUCGGCACCCUAUUUCUUCGAAGAAGUCAGACGAUUAGCGGCGAAUGACUAUAUCCCCAACGAAGCCGAUGUCCUUCGAGCACGAACGAAAACUACCGGUAUCUACGAAACGAGGUUUACCAUGGGUCAAUUGAGCAUACAGUCAGUCGAGCGGAUCCACCUGGUGUUGCUAGGGUUGCUAAUCAGACACAGUAUGUUUGAUGUGGGUGGCCAGCGCAGUGAACGCAAGAAAUGGAUUCACUGCUUUGAGAAUGUCACGUCCAUCAUCUUUUGCGUUGCCCUGAGUGAAUACGACCAAGUUCUUCUGGAAGAGUCAAAUCAGAAUCGUAUGAUGGAAAGCUUGGUGUUGUUUGACUCUGUCGUCAAUUCGAGAUGGUUUAUGAGGUCGAGCAUCAUUCUCUUCCUCAACAAGGUCGACUUGUUCCGAGAAAAACUUGGUCGGUCACCAUUAGGGAAUUACUUCCCAGACUAUUCUGGAGGCAACGACGUCAACAGAGCUGCCAAGUACUUGCUAUGGCGGUUCAACCAGGUCAACCGAGCGCAACUCAACCUCUACCCUCAUCUCACGCAGGCCACGGACACGACGAAUAUUCGUCUCGUCUUUGCCGCGGUCAAAGAAACCAUCCUACAAAACGCCCUGAAGGAUUCAGGAAUAUUAUGA